CCCCCCCCCCCCAAAGAGAGCCAUCUGAGCCCUCCAUCCCUCUCCUGGCGACUCCUUGUCUUGAGUUGCGCUUCGCAUCGCACCUGAGCGCCUUUCGCUAAGGAUGCGCUCAGGUGUGAAGGCAAGGGGGGAUCCUGGGCAGGGGAUUUUCACAAGUCCUGCCAUUUAAGGGUUGUUGGGUUUUUUAAUGACUCUAGCCAGGGGAUGCUGGGACCUGUCGUUCUUCUGUGAAGUAAAGAAAAGUGUCUAUGUCAGGGGAUUUUGGGAAUUGCAGUCUUCCCAUUGAAAUAAGAAAAUGGACGUGGCUGGAGGAUACUGGGAGGUGUAAGUCUUCCCAGAAGGUUCGUAAAAAGAAAAGUGUCUGGGCCAGAGGAUGCUGGGAAUUGUAGUCCUCCUAGAAAGUGACAAGGGACCUGGCUAUGAAGAAUGGGUGGUUCUGGGCAUUAUAGUUUCCCUUCAAUAGGGUGAUCAGAGGUCCUCCUUUUCUCUACAUUUCAGCUUUUUUGUUCAGGAGGUAUUCCAAAAUAUCCUGCAUUUGGAGAAUGACAAAGAAGCAUAAAUUUACAUUUAUAGGAGUGGGGUUUUUUAAAAGGUUUUAUUGGGGAAUGUCCUACAUUUUUCUUGACUGCCCUACAUUUUAUGGUUGCGACAUCUGAUCACCCUGCCCUACAGGAAAGAGGACCCUACCUGGUGUGUGUGUGUGUGCGCGCACAUGCUCUAGAAACUGAAGUCCUCCAAAUAGUGGAAAGGGAUUCACUGUCCUGGGGAUUCUGGGAUUGGCAGUCCUCCCAAUAGGACCUGGCUGGGGGGUGUUGUAGUCCACCUUAAAGUAUUUCCUUAGCCACACUCAGUGGUCUGACUCUCUCUGCUUUGCUUUGGCUGGAGUCGUGGCUGGAGUCAGUCUGGCAGGAGGAAGGUGAGGAGGAGGAGGAAGAAGAGGAAGAAGAGGAGGAAGAAGAAGAGAAUGAAGAAGGCACUGGUGAGGAGGAAGCAUCACUGGGGACCCAGCUAGUAGCAGCAGAUUGCAAUCUUUCUGGUGGGAAGUGGCUCAGUCAGAGAUGCUCAUAAGAGAGGGGAAUGGCUUCUCUUUGUCUCCCAAAUGGGUUCUGCAGUUUGGAGACAACCCUUCAAGAGGAUGUUGGGACUUGUGACCAGCUAUGCACACAGCUUUACAGAAACAAACAGCUUCAAGACACCUUGCUGCAGAAGGAGGAAGAGUUAGCACGAUUGCAAGAGGAAAACAACCACCUCAGGCAGUUCCUGAAUUCUGCUCUGGUCAAGCAGUUGGAGGAAAAGACCAAGAAGCUGCUUUUGCAAAAUGGCUGUGGUGUUCACCAGCCCCACAAAGCCUGCAAGCGACGGAUGAAAAUGGAAAGCUCCCUUCAGCAUGAGGCGUCUCACCCCCAGAAGGCCCGCCGGAACCUCCUUGCCAGUUUCUCUGCCUGCGAAGAACAUCCCCACCAUCCUCCUGUGGACACCUGGGUCCUACGAACCCUUGGGCUCAAAGACCUUGACACUAUUGAUGAUGAGUCCUCCUCUCCAGCUAACUACAGUGCCUUGACCUUGGACCUUCCCCCAGAACCUUCUUUCCUUAGAAGUACCCUUGGGAUGACAGACUAUGACAUUCAGGAUGGCCAGCCAGCAGGUUAUCCCUGUGCCGAACUGCCUGCCACAGAGAGCCCUGAAACCCCAAGGAAGAUGUCAUCCUUGUCCUACUUGCCACCACUUCCUACAGGACCUUGCCAUCCUCUGCUCACCCUGAGCCAUGCCACUCCCCUGCCUGGCAUUGUGCCCUGCUCACCAGAGACCAUUUCUCCAACUCAAAUGGACAUGGCCUUCACUGCCUCCUUAAGCCCCCACUGCAAUGUGAAAACGCACACUUUCCGGCAGGGACAGGCAUUUGUGCGCAGGGACGAGGAUGGAGGAUGGAAACUCACCUGGGUCCCCAAGGAGCCUGAAUGAAUGGAUGUCCUCUCCCCAUGCUCAGCCCAACCUGCAUCCCAACACUGCCAGCCAAUAAUGACUUGACUUGUAAUGGUUCACCCCAGCUAGACCCUAACUGAAUAGUGAGUCAAUAUAUGUCAACCCUUUUGAUGCAAUGAGUCUACUCUAAUCAGACCAUCAGUGCAUUCAUGCCAAUGUGCUUUGUUGUUGUUGUGUGCCUUCAAGUCUUUUCCAACUUAUGGGGUUUUCUGGAAUUGAGAGUGUGUGGCUCACCUGAGGUUAUCUAGUAGUUUUCCACAGCCAAGUGGGGAAUUUGAAUCCUGGUCUCCCAGGGUUCUAGUCCGAUGUGCAGCCACUGUGCCACACUGUCUCUCCUAAUGUGUUUACAGAUGGAAAAUUAAAAGUGGUAAAUUAAAAGAAGAAAAGACAAAUAA